ACAGAUCUACUGAAUGGGCUGAAGAUGGGCCGCUUUGAGGGAGGAUUGAGCAGUUUCCAGCAGAGUGUGGCAAUGGACAGGAUUCAACGUAUUAUAGGUGUUUUACAGAAGCCACAGAUGGGGGAGCGUUAUCUAGGAACCCUACUGCAGGUAGAAGGGAUGUUGAAGACUUGGUUUCCUCAUAUAGCUGCCCAGAGGUCAUCUCUAAGUGAUAGCCAGCACCAGCUGACCAAGCAUUUGCCAAAACACCACACUAAUCUGGCUGUUUCUUCUGCACCUCCCAUGGAAAAGAAGAACCAGACACAACUGAGACAUCUAGUUCUGAAGCAGAAGCAGCCUUGGCACCUUACAGAAUGGCCAGCCAUGGACCUGACCUGGAUCCACACAACUCCAAUUUGCAACCCCCCUUUCAGUUCCCCAGGUACCAUCUCCAUGAACCAUGGUCCCUUAGGCACUGGAACCAGCAUUGGUGUCAUCCUUUUCCUCCAGCAUGGAGUGCAGCCCCUUGCUCAUUCUGCCCCCAACACCCCAGUUCCACCUGCUAUAGCAUCUCCUGUCAUCGAUGAGUCUAAGAAACUAUCUGGAGAAGGACCUCAUUGCCAUAGUUUGCCCAUGAUUCUGCCUUUAAACUGGACUUGUCUUCUGUCUUCUCCUGGUCUACCCACCAUGUUCAGAGAAGCACCCACCGGACACUUGGAGCAAAUAAGAAGCCAUCCUCCACUUGUUCUUCAUGCCCACCUUUUUAACCCUAACCCAGGACUUUGACCAUGUGACUUCU